AUGAAAAUAAUUGGAAUAAUAAAAAGUAUGCCUCGUCAUAUAAAAUAUUAUCGUGAUAAAAAAGAUGAAGAAGAUUCAAUUGAUUUAUUAAAUGAUAAUGAUAAGAAUAAAGAUAAAUUUCGAAUAAUAAAUCGAUUAAGUCGUCGAAUAUCAUAUUCAUUUAUAAUUCGUUGUAUAAUAUUAAUACCAUUAUUUAUUUAUUUUUUAAUUAUAUUAACUCCAAUAAAAGAUAUUCAAUCAUUUAUUCCUGAAGAAAUAAAAAAAGCAAAAAAUUUUCUUAUUGUUGUUGCACAUCCAGAUGAUGAAUGUUUAUUUUUUAGUCCAACUAUAUUAGGCUUAAUAUCUCGUGAUAAAAUAGCUCAUGUACUUGUUUUAUCAACAGGAAAUAGUAAUGGUUUAGGGUCAAUUAGAGAAAAAGAAUUAAAACAAAGUUGUCAACGAUUAGAUGUUAAUUUAUCCCAAUGUACAUCUUUAAACUUAACUGAUUUACAAGAUAAUCCAAAUCGUUGGUGGCCAAAAGAAAAUAUAUCAGAAUUAAUUGAUAAAUAUAUAAAAGAAUAUAAUAUUGAUUUAUUAAUAACAUUUGAUCAUGGUGGAAUAUCUGGUCAUCGAAAUCAUAAAUCAAUUGCAUUUGGAGUUGAAUAUUAUAUUGAAAAAUCUUUUAAAACACCAUUAAUAUAUGAAAUUUCAACAGCUGCAUUUUUAUUUGAAUUUUCUUCAAUAAUUGAUUUAUUUCGAACAACAAUUAAAUUUUUACCUCGAUUAUUUCGAAGUUUAUUUUCAACAAUAUUUCCAUUUAUAUUUUCUCCACCAAAUGAUCACCGUAUUUUAUUUGUAAGUUCACCAUUUGGAUAUGUCAAAGGAUUAAAAGCUUUUCAUACUCAUCGUUCGCAAAUGCUUUGGUAUAGACAUAUUUAUACCACAUUUAGUAGAUAUAUGUUUAUUAAUGAUUUGAUUAAAGUUUCACAUUAUUCAUAA